AUGCCGGGCGACGAUUCAUUCUCCAUCAUUUCCCAGUCCGGUGGCGAUCGGCUGUUUGAUGAGUACCACUCUCAGACCGCGGCCAAGAAGAUCGAUUUGGACGUCCAGCUUGUUUCCGCCUUGCGCGCGCAGCAUCCGCAGCUCAUCGUCACAGCGGUUCCGGAGGGCAACUGCCCGCUGCUCCAAUUCGCAGCCGCUGGGCACGCCACCGCAGAACUGGACCGUGAGUCUGAGCCUGUCAUUCAAUGGCGCGGAGUCAGCGGCGGCGGUCCUUCGUCGUCCGUUUCGAUCGCACAGGCCAACUUUUUCGCCAAGUACCACUACAAGUGGGCAAACGAGGACUUCAUCUUGUACGUCGUCCAGAUCGGAUACUCGAACAUCCAGUAUGUUCUGAAAGAGCCGGUCGGCCGGGAGACUCCUUCCUCCCCAUCCUCCAUCGUCGACGCCCUUCUCCGGGCAAUUGGCACGUGGAUGUCCCAGUCCAAGGCCAUCUAUGUCUAUGAUGCAGGCUGGAGCAGGAGCUCGGAGCUGUGGAAGCAGGUCCAGAAAGCAAGCUGGGACAAGGUCAUUCUGGAUCCAAGAACGAAGAAGUCGCUCAGAGACGUCUCCAGGAGAUUUUUUGACAACAGGGAUGUUUACGAGGACUACGGCAUCGCAUGGAAGCGAGGCUUGAUAUUCUACGGCCCUGCGGGCAACGGCAAAACCAUUUCGAUCAAAGCCAUGAUGCAUGAGCUUUCCGAACGCAAUCCGUCCAUCCCGACGCUUUAUGUCAAAAACGCGCCAUACACGUGGAUGCUUGGCGAUGUGUUCCGGCUGGCAAGGCAGAUGAGCCCGUGCCUUCUCGUUCUCGAGGACAUCGAUACAGUCGUCACCGACCAAAGCCGAAGCUACUUUUUCAAUGAAGUCGACGGACUCGCCUCGAACGACGGCAUCCUCAUGAUUGCCAGCACCAACCACCUGGACAAGCUCGACCCCGGCCUCACCAAGCGGCCGAGUAGGUUCGAUCGCAAGUACCUUUUUCCGCUGCCAUCGAGAGAUGAGAGAGUGCUCUACUGCCAAUACUGGCGGGAUAAGCUCAAGUGCAAAAAGAACAUCGACUUCCCCGAGAAGCUCUGCCCGGCCAUUGCCGACAUCACGGACGAAUUCAGCUUCGCGUUCCUGCAAGAGGCGUUCGUGGCAAUGCUCCUGCAGCUGGCGCACUCGGGAGAAGAUAGCGAGUCAUCCGACUCAGAGGACGAGGGCGACGGCUCGCCGCUGGAUAGAUACGAGCUCUGGCGUGUCAUCAAGAAACAAAUCAAGAUCCUCCGGGGGCAGAUGGACAGCACUGAGCCAGCUGUACCCGAGGCAUGUGAAACGGGCUCUGGGGGAGUGUUCGCAUCGGCGUACGAGGAGAGACUUCCGCUUCGCGAGCGAGCGGAGCUUAGCAGCGGCUCAAGUGCACGACUGGAUGCGCUGUCGGGGCUGCCUGGCGUGGGGCAACGCGGGCUGGGCGAGGCUGCGAUAUCGGACCUGCACUCUUGUGCCGGAUGGAGCACUGGGGCGUAA